AUGGCUGCAUGGAAUUGCGAUGAGAAAAGACCCAUAUGCUCCAACUGUAUCAGUUCCCAACGGCACUGCGAGUUCGUGGGGCCUGUGACUAUCCCACAAGCCUCUCGCAGUGUAAGCCGUGAAGCUACUACCGCGUCGCCUUCAGUUGUCUCGCCGGCUGGAACAUCAACCGCCCAACAACCAAGCAGUCCUCCCGAAGAUGCACCUGUCAACAUGCUUCACGUUGAAUUUGUUCACAAUCUCUCCUCAAAAGCCAUAGAAGCAUUCAAUCGGCCAGAUUCUCUCGUUGGUGUUCCAUUCCAAUAUAUCUUACGCUAUGGCCUUGAUGCACCUUAUCUUAUGAACGAGUUGUUAUCCCUCAGCGCUCUACAUCUCAGCAUCACCAAACCAGCAAAACGAAAUUUUUAUGAACAUCAUUCUACCCAGCUGCAGAACUAUGCCUUGAGCUCCUUCAAUGCUUCCUCAAAAAAUAUCACCGAUGAGAAUACCGUCCCGAUAUUUUUGUUCGCUGGCGUCCUAGGCCUACACAAGCUCUGCGAGACUUUGGUCUGUCGAAACAAUGAUUUUGAGAACUUUCUUGACCGAUUUGUACAGUAUGUUACACUACAUCGCGGGGUGCGUACUAUUAUUAGUCAGGGGAGAUGGGAAUUCUUGCAGCAAACGGAACUGAAGCCAUUGCUAGAGCUUGGAGACAGACUUCCUUCACUGGAGAACACCUUGGGUCCAGCCUGCCAGAGGCUAUUAGAUCUCAUCAAUCGCCUCGCUCUCAACGACUCUAUUUCAAAGACAUAUUGUCUAGCUGUACAGGCUACACAAUCGGUGAUGACUGUCACGGAGGGGCGAGUCCCAGGAGCCAACAGCUUGGAUGCGCUUGUUGCAUGGACGCUGCUCGUCCCUCCUGAAUAUAUUGACUUACUUGCAGAGAGGAGAGGAGAAGCAUUGGUUAUAUUGGCCCAUUAUGGUGCUCUUGUAAACACUCACAGGCAACAGUGGUUGUUUGGCGAUGGCGGCGAGUAUCUGAUCGGUCAGGCCCGCCUACAGCUGGUGUUGAACGCAGAGGAGCCUGUGAUACAGUCCCUCAUGCUCGAGAUUACGCAAGAUCGCCGAGCCGAGGUUGACGUGAUCCAUGAGAGCAAAGAUGUUCAGCAGGUCCUUGCAUCUCCGGUUGUCAACUUGUCGUGCGGGCAAACACAGUGCCUUAUCGAAUGGGUUUAA